UGAAGUGUACGAUUUCACUGACAAUUUUGGGUUUCUGAAGAACAAUAGCAUAAUUUUUCGGGUGUUCAGCGACAUAAAAGUAGCGUGUAUCAAGCCCCUUUCCAGAAAGACUCGAUUCCUAAUGAAGAAAUCAAUCUCAUUUGAGCAAAUGAAUCAUGUAGCGACACCUAGCCGUCAAACAAAAAAAUUACUCACCACAUGUUUCUGCCUGUCUACCUCGCAUUCAUUCUCUUUCACCACGCCGACCAACAUAACAAAUCAACCAUGUUCCGUGUUUUGACAUUUCUACCACUCCCUGCAAUGUAAAUAAAAACAAAACUUUCGUGUCGAUAGAUUUAGUGUUAUUCAAAGGAUUUAUCUGCAUUUGUGCGUAAAUUUAAUUCUAAAGCGAAAUAAAAUGUGUUCCCAUUUGCUGCCCUUCGCCUGGAGAUGUUAGAAUGACCAAAAAGAAGCCUUCGCCACAAAACCGCAUCUGGGAAAAGGAACGCCGCGACCGGUUGAACCAGACAUUCGACAGCCUGUCGAAGCUGCUGCCUGAGUAUGAGCCGGCCACACAGCUCAGCAAAAUCGAGAUCCUGCAGCGGGCGGUCGAGUACGUGGAGAAACUACAAAACAAGAUUAAAGCCUUCCUGGAGGAACGGGACGCGCUGCUGAAGAGACAUGUGGAUGAAUUGGAAGAACGUCUUCAAGUACUGAUUGCUCGAAAUGAAGAUUUGGCGGCACUGCUGAAGAAAGCCAACAUCAAUGUUCCUCCUUGCAAACUAGGGCCGGUUUUGAGCGGGAAGGAUUCGCCCGUAGAGAAACAGGAAGCUUCAAAGACGGAUGCUUCCAAGCAAGACAAGAAACAUUCAUCAAAAUCGAAAAGCGAUGCUGAAACAAAAGUGUUAUGUGAUAGAACUGAGACAAGUUCUAUCGAACCGGUACCCGUAUCUACUUCUGUGAUAAAAACUAAUGGUGACAUUAUUGCUGCAACUAAAACCGAUACUAUUGCUGUUAGUGUAGCGAAUUCUGUUGUGCCAGCAAAGAUUCCUGUUGUAGCAAGUACAAGUGUUCCCAGCUCUUGUCUUGUAGUGGCCAAUAAUCACAUCGUGGGAACUCUGAACCAAUCAAAUUGCGUCAAUGUCACUUCUGCGCUGCUACCAGCGCCAAUCAUGGCAACUGGAGUUAUCAUUUCCAAUAACGGGAACUUGCUUCAAAUGCCUCUGGCAGUGCCAUCAACCUCAUCGCUUCUCAUAGUCAGCAAUGAAGAUGUCCGGGCUAAACUGAGCUUGCGAAAGACCAGGGGAUCCAAUUCUAAAGCGACAUCCUCAAAGGGAAGCUCACUUCGGAAAGGAAAAUUAACCAUCAAAUCGAUCGAUGUCAUCCCGGGCCGGAUAGUCAACGGAAAAAUACCAAUUCCACCCCUGAAACGAUCUACACCUCCUACGAUGAAAAGCAAGAAAGAAACGCGGAAGAAACGACGGAAACGGAAAGCCAGUGAGCAUAAGGAAGAUGAGAAUGUUACAGACAUGAAAAAAGUUAAAUUGGAUGAUAAAAAGGACGAAACGGUCAAAAACAUUGAACAAGCUACUAAGGAGUCUGAAACAAAAACCCAGCCAACUCAGGACAUAACUCCAAUUCAGGAAAACGAAACGACUCAAGUCGAUGAUCGUGCAAGCUCACUUGAAAUGAAUCUGGACCAAGGAGAUUUGUCAGCAGAUAUCUUCGCAAACCUGCAAGUUCCGGAUGAGGAAGCAGAUGGGAAUCAAGGAUCCCUAUCGCCAACAGCGGCUUACCUUAUGAAUUUUCCAUUGGUUUCCACGGGUGGGAAGGCAAGCGGAAAUCACGUCGAGGGUUCAAACGAGGCUGAAACUACGGAAUGUGUCGAUGGAGAUAAGAAGGCAUCUCUACAACCAACUGACAACACUCUACUUCUGGAUAACUUCUCCUCGUAUUUCAAUCCAAGUAUUUAUGGCACAUUAGAUAAUGUAGUUCAACCGAUUCCUGAAACGCCCACAACUUCCGUGGCGACUUCAACGAACUUUUCUACUAUUUAUCAAUCUAUCGAUAGCAUGCUAGAACAUAAGUCGUCUCGAGCUACCGUAGCUUCAGACUGUAGAUAUAAUACUACACCGUUCACGUUUACGUUGACAUCAACAAGUAACUCAGUUACAACGCAGUCUUAUGACUACCGCCAAUCGUCUACGUCGAACUACUUUUACUCACCAACGCCAAACACUUCGAAGCCUAUCGACGACUUCUCUCUGCUCAAACUGCCGACAGUUACCGAGUUUACAUUCUCGUUAACAAGUACGAUCCAAAGUGGUCCAAAAACCGUCCAAUCACAGUACACACACAGUACAAAUUUUUCUUCGACCAUUACUACGCCAUCGUACAGCAUCUACGGUGCUCAGACAAAAUCUAGCAAAGCCGCAAACUACAACUCAAAUUAUAUCCCCGAUGUCUCUAAAUUGGAAGCAACCCGAACACCGAAGAAAUAUGACUUCUUAGAAGCGGAGAAACCUGCGACCAGCUUCACAUUUUCGUUAACUUCAACUACCAGAACCAAUCCAAAGUAUACGUAUCCUCCGGCCGUAGCAUCUAGUUCAGCGUACACCACCCCUUAUGUGACAACUUUGGCAUCUUCAUGUGCCAAAAUCGAAGACUGCCUUUACAAAUCUGCUAAACCCUCUUCGUCCGUCAACAACAAUAUGUAUAAAACUCCUCCAAAACAGAAAGUCAACCAUUAUUCAACCGUUUCGACUACUCAAUCUACCUUCUCGAACCACACAUCUACUCAAUCGCAAUCCAAGUACGAUGUCAACUGGAUGGCUUCACAAGACCCAAAACCAACGUCCAACAACCAAGACUACGCCCAAAUUCUCCCCUCACUUGAUUUCAACGCGACUCCAUCACACUCCUACCAAACCAAUAUCGAUUUGAGCCGGAAAUCAGACAUCUUCUUCGCUCAUCCUUCCGGUGAAGAAAAUCUAGUAACGUGGUCACCGAACAAACUAACCAACAUCUUGAACGAUACCAAUUCUUCGUACUACCCGUCAACUACCACAAGCCUACCGAGUCUUCACGGCGACCUGGCGCUAAACUGUCCUCUCACCUCAAGCAAACUUACCAAUCAUCAACGAAAACCGAACGAUUCGAGCAGUACCUUCUUGUCCGUUCAACAGCUAGUCGAUCAACCGCGGAAAACCAGCACAAUCCACAAAAACUAUUCCAGCUGCAGCAACUAUUCCACCAAUCAGAAACCAUUGAACAACAACUACUCAGCAGAAGCCUUGAUCGGACCAUCCACCGGCAGUUCCACCAAGAAAGACAAAUACUACACCGAUCCCAGCUACAAUACUUACAACACUUUCCCAUCCGAUACCAAUUCUGCACCUAGCCUCUCGUUCAACUUCGAUUACUCAGCCGACUACGGCAAGAACUACAACUACAGCUGCCAGCAAAACUACAUGCCUUCUUUUGUCGACAACAGCUAUGGUCUCCCGGCGGUUCCUUCAACAACCCUAACAACUCCCUCCUCGACGUCUCUCCCAAUUACCACUUGUUAUUCCACCUACGGAUACACUUCCGACAGGAAGCAACUCCCCUCGACAUCCACCAGUUACUACCAAAACUCCUAUCAACCAGAAAUCCCCUACUACGUCUCAUCUACGGAAAAGCGCUCUCACGCGUCCUCGAAAUCUCGAAAACACCACAAGCAACCCCCGCUGAACGAAUUCAGCCCCUUCCCAACGAUUCUCCCGACGGCGCCCCCUCCCGUGCCAACCCUCCCGGAAGAACCACUCUUCUACAACCCGAUCACGACCGCAACCACUUCAGCCUAUCAACAACUCCCACCGUACCAAACAAUGCUACCGAACUACUCCUUCGGCAGCACGCAACCGUAUCAGUCCCCUGUACCAACCGCUCAAGCAACCGGUAGCUCUUCAACACUCACGAAUUUCAAUCUGAGCACCAUCUGUCCGGAGAUCAACGAGAAGAGUGGCGGAAGCGCCGCGAACAAUGGUCCUGGACCGGUUGCGACGGUGAUUGGAGGGGCCGUGAGUUCACGGCAUGCAAUAGCAGGAGUUGGCGGGUGGUAAUUUUUGGAUAUUGUAAAUAGUUAGUUUAAGUAAAUCACCAUUUUGUACAAUAAUAACUAUCAAA